AUGGAAUGUGCCACCAUUACUAGACCCUCAAAACCCCCUUCGAAUAUAUCCGAGAUCGUCUGCAAAUUUGCGAAAGUUUGCAGGAUUAGAUCCAUCGGUGUGUUUUACUCUGAAAUCUCUAAUCACCACAAUCCAAACAACAUUAAUGUCUCCAUGACUAUGAGCGAAGAUGGGAGUGAUAACAAAGUUGAAGAGACAGAAUGUGGUGGUGUCAAAGUCCAUCCGCAACCCAUUGAAGUUCGUUGUAAGAGUAAUGAAUGUGGUGACAUGGAGAUUAUGAAGUUAUUUGAGAUUGUUUCUAAAUUGAAAUUAGCUUAUGUUCAGCUUCAAGAAGCUCACAUUCCUUAUGACCCAGAAAAGAUUAAAGCUGCUGAUGAACUUGUUGUGGCUGAGCUUGAAGCACUGUGCAAGACCAAGCGAAUGUACAAGGAGAAGCAACUAACAAAAGUCAAGUUCGAUUCUUCUUGUUCUGAUGUUCUAAAAGCAGAGAUUGAAGUCAAUGAGAAGAUAUUACAAAAGUUGAAGUCCCAAGUUGAAGUGAAAGAAUCGGAAAUUUUUCAUUUGCAACAAGAACUGCAAGAUUUGCAUUUGAGGAAUGCCAUUAUGGCUGAUAAGAUUACACAGCAAAGUCUUGAAACAAAUAAUGUGAGGGUUUUGGAUGUAAAAAUGUUUGAGGAUAGCUUCAAAGCAGCCUCAAAGUCCAUUCAUGAGUUUGCGAAGCCAGUCAUUAGCUUAAUGAAAGCUUCAGGUUGGAAUUUAGACCUUGCCGCAACCUCAAUUGAAGCUGCUGUUGCUUAUUCCAAGAGGUGCCACAAGAAGUAUGCAUUUGAAGCCUACAUUGCAAGAAGGAUGUUUCAUGGGAUGUCUCUUCAUUCGUAUAAUGUGCAUGAUAUCAUGAAGUUUGAUGAUCCGUUCGUAUAUCUGGUACAUAAACCGGAUUCAGAUUUUGCGAAAUUCUGCAGAAAGAAGUAUCUUUUAGUAGUUCAUCCGAUGAUGGAAGCUUCAUUCUUUGGCAAUUUGGACCAGAGGGUUUUUGUAUCGAGUGGCAAGAAUCCAAGAACACCAUUUUAUCAAAUAUUUGUGAAGAUGGCGAAGUGGAUUUGGAUUUUACAAGGGAUUGCAUCCUCAAUUGAUCCCAAAGCGAAAAUAUUUGUUGUGAAUAAGGGAUGCGAAUUCUCAAAUGUUUGCAUGGAAUCAGUUGAGGAGUUAUCUGAAGGCACAGCUGGGAAUGGUGAAGAACAAACCAGUUGCAAAGUUGAGUUUAUGGUAAUGCCUGGGUUUAGAAUUGGAGAUACAUUGGUGAAGUCACAGGUUUAUAUAUCGAGGAUGAAUUAA